AUGGAAGGUUCGCGUCACGACACAACAAUGCUCCGGCAAAGCAAACUGCAAGAGUACUUGGACGAGGACAAACAUGUUUUCGAAGGGUAUCUUAUUUACGGCGAUCCUGCGUACGGCGUGCUUGAUUGGGUCUGUUCUGGAUUUAAGGGCGCGCAAUUGGACCAACGUUGUCGUGACUUCAAUGCAGCCAUGAGCAAAGUGCGCCAAUCUGUCGAGUGGACAUUUGGUGCUAUGAAACAACAUUGGGCGAUGGUUACCUUCAAGACGCAGCAAAAAGUUAUGCUUCAAAAUCUUGGCAAGUUCUACCAGACAGAGUGA